AUGAUACGAAUCGUUGAAUUGGAUGGAUGUCCGUGGCGAUGUGAUUGUCAUUUACGAGAUUUUAUAGCUUUUCAACGAAAAACUUUAAAUGCCAAAUCAUCACAAUGUUAUGAACCAUCACAAAUUCGUGGCAUCAGUUGGGAUGAUCUUAAUUUAGAGGAUUUCGCAUGUGGACCAGUGAUCGAAACACCACUUCAGGAAACACUGCAGGUAAGAGAAGGUGAAACGAUAUCGUUCCUAUGUAAUGUUUGGGGUGACCCUAUGCCUACAGUACAAUGGCAUAAAAAUGAGUUGACCUAUCGGUUCCUGCAUUGGAAUGAUGAUCGAAUUGUAGUAGAAGCUAUUACAUCCAGCAAUGGAACAUAUCAUUUGAUGCAUAUUCAUGAAACGAUACCUGGAGAUGAGGCUACUUAUUGGUGCAGAGCUACCACAGGUUUUCUCACCACUACAAAGCGUUUCGAUCUACGAAUUAAUUCAAUUAGGCGAUUAAAUAGAAAUGAAGAAGAGGAACAAUCAUUUAUAUCAAAUGCGCCCGAUAUCUUCAAAACAUUUUGGGGAGAAACUGAACAAUGGGAACGAAUUGUACUGCAAAACUGGCCCAUAUGGCAAUUAAUGUUUGUUAUUAUAUUACUCGCUACAAUAAUAUUCUUUGUUGCUUGUAUUCUCGUGCUUAUUCGUUGGUAUCGCAUUCAGAAUCACUCUGAUCAUUCCCAGUCAAAAGAAGCAGAAACGCUCGAGAUAACGAAAACAACAACGCGUUCAACUUUGGCAAUGGCAACAAUGCAAGAUGAAUUCACUGAGCUAUUGCAAAUACAAAAAUCAAAAUCACAACUAUUACAAAAAGAUCAAGUAUCAAGAAGUGCUAAUGAAUUAAUUCGAAAAGCACCUCUGGCACAAUACGAUCGUGAUACUUCUAUAUUGCCAUUUAUACAAACUUCUUUAUAA